AUGGUUGUGGCCCAGAUGCCUGAUGUUAUGGAUGACCUGGGCGCCCCCAUUGUUGCCGCCCCUGUGAUUGCCCGUGCCGAGCCGUCGAACAACGCUGGCGGCAACGGCACCGCAUCGAACCACACGUCUCCGGCCUCGUCUGCAACGCCGACUUCUUCGGCGGCUGGAAACAGCACCGACACUCCGACGCCCUCGGCGUCGAACCAGAUUGAAGCCUCCGGCACGGCUGGCCCCGGUGCCGUUGCGACAGUCUCUGCCGACACCACGCAGGGCACCUGCACUAUUGGUAAUGGUCUCUCGGACAACCAGCAGGCUGGCUGGACGGACAGCAUUAUCAACACUUGCUGCACGGGCCCGAAGUCAUCUACGUGCUGGUACCGUGUCCAGGCCAAGGUCGCCGCUGCCGACGCAUGCAGGAUCCCCAACUGUGACGAUCUUGUGACGAACGACCCCGACAAGAUGGUCGGCUUCCGCCCCCUCACGGCGACCACUGGCGAGGGCAAAUAUGGCAACACGUUCCCGAUUCUCUUCCUGAGCGCGGGCGUGCGCCCCUCUAUUCAUCUCCUUUUGUUCAUUGUCGCGCCUAUUGGUGUGUCGCUGUUGCUUCUGUUGUAA